GUGACACGUCACGAAGGUCAGAGAGAGCUGAGGGAAAGAUGACGACCACCUACAACACCUUCAGUCUGCACAUUGCCCCUGAGAAGUUCUACAUUGAAGCCUGUGAUGAUGGCGUCAGUGAUGUGCUAACCAUUGACAGGGUGUCGACAGAAAUGACCCUGACAGUGAGGAAGGAUAUUCCUCCAUCAGCAAUAACACGACCAAUAUGUGGAAUCAUGGGAACUAUACGGCUGGUAGCAGGUAUGUAUCUCAUUGUCAUUACCAAGAAGAAGAAAGUGGGUGACCUACUUGGCCAUGCGGUCUGGAAAGCAGUGGACUUUGAUGUUAUUUCCUACAAGAAAACCGUUCUGCAUCUCACUGAUAAUCAGAUGCAGGACAACAAGACCUUCCUGUCCAUGAUCAACAGCGUCCUGAACACAGACGGUUUCUACUUUGCUACUGAUUAUGAUCUGACUCACACUCUCCAGCGACUGUCCAACACCAGCCCUGAGUUUCAGGAAAUGAGUUUACUGGAGCGGGCAGAUCAGAGAUUUGUAUGGAACGGUCAUCUCUUGAGAGAAUUCCUAGCACAGCCUGAGCUACACAAGUUUGUCUACCCUGUUGUUCAUGGCUUCAUCCACAUGAAGUCGUGCUGCAUCAAUGGCAAAAUCUUCGAUUGGAACAUAAUUUCCAGGAGGAGCUGCUUCAGGGCUGGUGUGCGUUACUAUGUCAGAGGUAUCGACUCUGAGGGUCAUGCUGCUAACUUUGUUGAAACAGAACAGAUUGUUCAGUAUAAUGGAGGAAAAGCUUCAUUUGUUCAGACUCGUGGGUCUAUCCCGUUCUACUGGUCACAGAGACCAAACCUCAAAUACAAGCCAAAACCACAGAUCAGCAAGAGUGUCAAUCAUUUGGAUGGCUUCCAGAGGCAUUUUGACUCACAGAUCAUAACGUACGGCAAACAAGUGAUUCUGAACUUGAUAAACCAGAAAGGCUCAGAGAAGCCGUUAGAAAUGGCCUUCGCAAAGAUGGUGGGCAGUCUGAGCAACGGCUUGAUCAAGUACAUCGCGUUUGAUUUUCAUAAGGAAUGCAGCCGGAUGAGGUGGCAUCGCCUGCAGAUAUUGGUUGACAUGGUAGCGGAAAUGCAGGAUGAAUUUGGCUACUUCCUAGUGGAUUCCGAUGGAACGGUUCAACUGCAACAGGACGGGACUUUCCGAAGCAACUGCAUGGACUGUUUGGAUCGGACUAAUGUGAUUCAGAGUCUGCUGGCGCGGCGCUUGCUGCAGUCGCAGUUAGAGAGAUUGGGAGUUCUUCAUGUGGGCCAGCGGAUUGAAGAACAGGCAGAUUUUGAAAAAAUAUACAAGAAUGCAUGGGCAGACAAUGCCAAUGCUUGUGCCAAACAGUAUGCGGGCACAGGAGCCCUAAAGACCGAUUUUACACGGACAGGAAAGAGAACUCAUUGGGGUCUGCUGAUAGACGGAUGGAACUCCAUGAUUAGAUACUACAAGAACAACUUCUCAGAUGGCUUCAGACAGGACUCCAUUGAUUUGUUCCUGGGGAAUUAUGCCGUAGAGGAGGCGGAUAUAAACACUUCUCUACAUGAACCCAAAGACUGGAAGUUCCUCACGUUGCCGAUCAUCAUGGUUGUGGCAUUCUCAAUGUGUAUAAUCUGUCUGCUGAUGGCAGGCGACACCUGGACGGAGACAUUAGCGUACGUGUUGUUCUGGGGCACGGCGAGCAUCGUGACCGGUGGCGUUAUCCUCUUCAAUGGCCGCGACUUUGUAGAUGCGCCUAAACUGGUGCAGAAAGAGAAGAUGGACUGAAUGUGUGUGUGUGGAAAGCAGCUUGGUCCAGCCGAGUCUUCAUCCUCCUCAUCAUCCUCAGUGCUGUCUUACUCUCAGCUUAACCGCGCCUGGAGCCUGUACUGAUGCCACAUGGCAAAGAGGAAGAGGAGGGGUGAUGAAGGGGGGGCCGGGCGGGGCCAGGGCAGUGUGUGAGCAAACGUACACGGAUGGACUUAAUGCGUCACACACCUGCUGCUCUCCACACGGUUGUUGUAUCAUAGGGGACCAGCUCCUAUCUUCGCCUCAGAUAUCCCAUAAUUCCAUCGCCACAUGGGCAGCUUUACGAAUCCAUCACUGGAAUUUCACUCAAGCACCUUAGACUAUCGUGCAUUUCAUGUAUGGACUCCAAAAACACCCACUUGUACAGUUUCCAUGAGGUUUACGCCCCCAAUCCUUGUGGUUCACAGAUUCCAACAGUGUUUCAUAGAUGGCGAUUUCUAUUCACCCAAACAUCUGACGAUGUUCUAUUGACUCAUGUUUUCAAGCUCAGUAUGUGUUGCAGCUCUCUGGCUGUUUGUAUGAAACAAAACAUCUUUGUAUUGUAUCUGCCAUUGCUGCUGAUACCUCUGCACUGCAAAUAUUUUUUUUUUAUCUGUAUUUUUGUCUUGCUUUAAAAAUAUGUAAUGUCCUUCAAACAAAAAUUAUGAAGUGAAAUUGCGUAAAAUAAUGACUUUUCAGAUUUUUUUUGUUUUUAUAAAUAAAUUUUUCUUACUCCAUUGGUAAAAAAAUAUUUUUUGUUUUAAGCAUAAAUCUAACUACAUUUAGGUUUAUUCUUUAAACAACAACAACAACAAAAAAACUAUUUACCAAUGAGAUUUCACUGUGGGAGGGGCUACUCAACAUAAUACCACAGAAAUAGUGAUCGAUCAAAAUGCUAGUCACAAUUGUGCAGAGCCCUGUAGAGGACAGGGAGUUAAUUUAUUUUCUAAAAUUUUGUGUUCCCUCGAAUUUAUUUUGGGCUUACCAUAAAGCUAUUGCGAGAGAACGCAAACUGUUGUGAGCAAUUGCAAAAUUUUGUAAGAUAACAAAACUGUUACGAGGAAACAACUCAUCGUGAGAGAACGCAAAACUAUUGGGAGGGAACGCAAACCAUUGUGAGGGAAUGCAAAACUUAUUGUGUAGAAACACGAACUGUUGCGAGGGAACACAAAACUUAUUGCAAGGGAAUGCAAAACUUUUUAUGAGGGAACUCAAAACUUGUUGUGAGAACCCAAAACUAUUGCGAAGGAAUGCAAAACUUAUUAUGAGGAAACACAAAGCUUAUUGCGAGGGAAUGCAAAAGUAUUAUGGGGGCAUGCAAAACUGUUGCGGGGUAACGCAAAACUAUUGCAAGGGAACGCAGAACUUAUUAUGAGGGAUAGCAAAACUAUUUCGGGGGAACGCAAAACUAUUGCGAAGGAACGCAAAACUUAUUAUGAGGGAUAGCAAAACUAUUUCGGGGGGAAUGCAAAACUAUUGCGAAGGAAUGAAACGUAUUGUGAGGGAAUGCAAAACGUAUUCUGAGGGAACGCUAAACGUAUUGUGAGAGAAUGCAGAACUCGUGGGGGAACGCAAAACUUAUGAGGAAACAAAACUAUUUCGGGGGAACGCAAAACUAUUGCAAGGGAACGCAAAACUAUUUCGGGGGAACACAAAACUAUUUCAGGGAACGCAAAACUAUUGCGGGGGAACGCAAAAAUUAUUAUGAGGGAAAGCAAAACUUAUUGCGAGGGAACGCAAAACUAUUUCGGGGGAACGCAAAACUGAUUAUGAGGGAAAGCAAAACUAUUUCGGGGGAACGCAAAACUAUUGCGAAGGAAUGCAAAACUAUUUCGGGGGACACAAAACUAUUUCAGGGAACGCAAAACUAUUGCGAAGGAACGCAAAACUGAUUAUGAGGGAAAGCAAAACUAUUUCGGGGGAACGCAAAACUAUUUCGGGGGAACGCAAAACUGAUUAUGAGGGAAAGCAAAACUAUUGCGAAGGAACGCAAAACUAUUUCGGGGGAACGCAAAACUGAUUAUGAGGGAAAGCAAAACUAUUGCGAAGGAACGCAAAACUAUUUCAGGGGAAUGCAAAACUAUUGCGAAGGAACGCAAAACUAUUUCGGGGGAACGCAAAACUGAUUAUGAGGGAAAGCAAAACUAUUGCGAAGGAACGCAAAACUAUUUCAGGGGAAAGCAAAACUAUUGCGAAGGAACGCAAAACUGAUUAUGAGGGAAAGCAAAACUAUAUCGGGGGAACGCAAAACUAAUUGCGAAGGAACGCAAAACUAUUGCGAAGGAAUGCAAAACUAUUUCAGGGAACGCAAAACUAUUGCGAAGGAAUGCAAAACGUAUUAUGAGGGAAAGCAAAACUUAUUGCGAGGGAACGCAAAACUAUUGCGAAGGAACGCAAAACUUAUUACUGGGGAAAGCAAAACUUAUAAUGAUGGCAUGCAAAACUAUUUCAGAAAACAAAUUUCCUCCAUUUCCAAUAAGGGGCUCUAUACGAUAACGGCUGGUUAGAACAGGUUAAUAUGAAAGAGAUAACUUUUAUCGAUCGCUGCUCGUUCCUCCUGGUUUGGAGUAACGCGAUAAGGAUGUUUUCAAUAUUUUUACUAGAAAAAAUAAGACAAAAAUAAGAAAAGAAAAUGUUUUUUUGGCAGCUGUUUGUCAUUGCGUUUAUUUGUGAAUUAGAACACUUGAGACUGAACCAAAGAUGGAACGGUUCGUGAAUGGACACAUCAAUGCCUUCAAUAUACAACAUACUGUCUUCCAUCAGUGAUUUGGGAGCUUUUAUUAUGAAUUAUUUAAAGGACUUUGUUUGUGUUUUCUGGGCAAGAUGUGUACAGAAUCUAGUCUUAAAUGUAAAAUCAAAAACGAACUCUAACAUGUCAUGGGACCAGCGUCUCUUCGUCUAAAGGAGUGUGUGUGUUUGUAGUUACCUGGGUGCCACUCGUGCAUGUAUGAAAAUGGCCUGUCACUGAACCGAUGUGCCAAAUGUUUGUGUUUUUUCUAUUACCCAUUACCCUCUCUUUCCUUUCUGAGUGCUUUUAUUGCGUCUUCAAGGACUCCCUGUGAAGGUCGGAAUCGGAUGAUGCCUUAAAUUUGGUGUGAGCAAAUGAGAGAGAGCUUUUUGGAGGAAGUCUUCAUUCUAUCCCUCUGUGUCAUACUGUAGACCAUUCUUCAUGUGUCUGACACCUGCUUGGCAGAGAAUGUAAAAAACCUGUAUUAUUGAUAUUAAAGUCAUUAUUAUGGUG